AUGACAAAAGUAACUAGAGCCCGGCCCACCUCCCCCCCGGAUGGAGGCUGGGGCUGGAUGAUUGUGGCUGGCUGUUUCCUCGUCACCAUCUGUACCCGGGCAGUCACCAGGUGUAUUUCAAUUUUUUUUGUGGAGUUCCAAACAUACUUCACUCAGGAUUAUGCACAAACAGCGUGGAUCCAUUCCAUUGUAGACUGUAUGACCAUGCUCUGUGCUCCACUUGGGAGUGUUGUCAGUAACCAUUUAUCCUGUCAAGUGGGAAUCAUGCUGGGAGGCUUGCUUGCAUCUACUGGUCUCAUCCUGAGCUCCUUUGCCACCAGUCUGAAGCAUCUCUACCUCACUUUGGGAGUUCUUACAGGUCUUGGGUUUGCACUCAGUUACUCUCCAGCUAUUGCCAUGAUUGGCAAGUAUUUCAACAGACGGAAAGCCCUUGCUUAUGGGAUCGCCAUGUCGGGAAGCGGUAUUGGAACCUUCAUCCUGGCUCCUGUGGUUCAGAUCCUUAUUGAACAGUUUUCCUGGCGGGGGGCACUGCUCAUCCUUGGGGGCUUCGUUUUGAAUCUUUGUGUUUGCGGUGCCUUGAUGCGGCCAAUUACUCUUAAAGAGUACCAGGCAAGUCAAGAGCCGAACCAUGUCUGCAGAACUCGAAAACAAGACUUUAAGCGGGCGUCGCCUUGUUCAACUUGGACAAAAAAAUGGGUGCAGGCCUGCCUGUGUUGCUCUUUGCAGCAGGAGUACAGUUUCUUACUGAUGCCAGACUUCGUCGUAUUAGCCGUCUCCAUUCUGUUCAUGGCUUACGGCUGCAGCCCUCUCUUUGUGUACUUGGUGCCUUAUGCUUUGAGUGUUGGAGUGAGUCACCAGCAAGCUGCUUUCCUUAUGUCCAUACUUGGGGUGAUUGACAUCGUUGGCAAUGUCACAUUUGGAUGGCUAACCGACAGAAGGUGUCUGAAGAACUACCGGUAUGUUUGCUACCUCUUUGCCGUGGGACUAGAUGGGCUCUGCUAUCUCUGCCUACCAAUGCUUCAAAGUCUCCCAUUGCUCGUGCCUUUUUCUUGUACUUUUGGCUACUUCGAUGGUGCCUAUGUGACCUUGAUCCCAGUAGUGACUGCAGAACUGGUGGGGACCGCCUCUUUGUCAUCAGCACUCGGUGUGGUGUACUUUCUUCAUGCAGUGCCAUACUUGGUGAGCCCACCCAUUUCAGGAUGGCUAGUAGACACGACUGGCAGCUACACAGCCGCAUUUCUUCUCUGUGGAUUUUCAAUGAUAUUUAGUUCCGUGCUGCUCGGCUUUGCUAGACUUGUGAAGAAGAUGAGAAAACCACAGCUGCGGACCCUUGCCAAAGAGUCUGAUGCCAAACUGCAGCUAUGGACCAACGGAUCGGUGGCUUAUUCUGUAGCAAAUGAAUUAGAUCAGAAAGACCGAGAAUCUGUGGCCAUUGCUGUGCCUGGUUACAACCCCACCUGA